AUGGCCACAAAAACCGUCCCAGAGGCAUUGACAGCGCCAACACAAGGAUUUGAGGGAGCUCCGCCAUUCCCAGACGAUGUGCCUACAGCGCCUCUUCUCCGACUUUCCCUGGCUAGGUUGAUCGACCGCGACCCCGACGAAGUCGACCGCUUCGGUCGAGCCUGUGAGGACCUUGGCUUUUUCUAUCUCGACUUGACUGGCCCAGGUGACUCGCUGUUGGCCGAUGCAGAUCAGUUAUUUAGGGUGGGCGCCGAGUUGUUCGAUUUACCUCUCAAGGAAAAGAAGAAAUAUGACUUCAUGCACAAGCAGUCAUACUUCGGGUACAAAGGCUAUGGCGCAAAUGUUGUCGACAGGAGCGGCAACCUGGACCGCAACGAGUUUUACAAUGUAUCGAAGGACGACAUCUUUGGAGUAUCAGACCCGUGGCCUGCUCCUGUCGUCCUCGACUCCAGGCGGGCGCUGUUGAAAUCAUUCAUUGGCUCCGCCCACGGCAUUGUCACUUUGGUGCUCCAGCUGCUCAAUGACCGUCUGAACCUGCCACCCAACACACUACAAGACAUGCACCGCCUCGAAGGUCAAUCUGGCGACCAGGUUCGGUUCAUCAAAGCACCACCGCAGCCCUUGGAUGAUCGAAGAACUUCACUGGGCGAACAUAGUGAUUUUGGAAGCGUGACUGUCCUCUUCAAUCGCCUGGGUGGCUUGCAGGUGCUCCCACCAGGACGUGAUGCACAAUGGUGCUACGUAAAGCCACUACUCAACCAUGCCAUCAUCAAUCUGGGAGACGCCAUGGUCAAAUUCACUAACGGGCUUUUGAGAUCAAACAUCCACCGUGUCGUGGCGCCGCCAGGGGAACAAGCAGACCACACACGAUACUCUCUUGUCUAUUUCAAUCGACCAGAAAACGAUGUUUUGCUCAAGAGGCUGGAUGGAAGUGACAGGAUCCCUCCUCUUGAGAAAGACGAGGUGGAAGAGGGUAUUAACAGCAAAGAUUGGAUCAUCCGACGCGCCCUGGGCCACCGCAUUGCACUUUUCGGCAAGGAUGCCUUGAACUAUGACAGGAUCAGGGGGACGGAGGAACAGAGCCAACGUGCAUACCUUUGA